CAAAGUUCUAUACAUGACAGCUAAAAUGUUUCUCUUUUCGUAAGGUAAUACACCUUUCUAGAGGUGUAGCAAUGCCUGCUGUUGAAUUUAUUGCCGGCUGGAUUUCAGGAGCUCUUGGUCUUGUGAUUGGACACCCUAUAGACACGGUUAAGGUACGUCUGCAGACACAGUCCAGAUACCAUGGAAUUCUGGACUGUAUCCUUAAAACAUACAGGAAGGAAACGAUUUUUGGCUUUUUUAAAGGUAUGAGUUUCCCUGUGGUCACUGUGGCAGUUAGCAAUUCUUUAAUGUUUGGAUCAUAUAGCAACGCAUUGCUCUAUAUAAGUGGCACAAAUUAUAAAGAUUGGAAAAAUCCACCUGAGAAUCUCCAUAUUACCGUUGCUGGAUGUUUUGCAGGGAUUGUGCAAGUUUUUUUCACAGCUCCGGUUGACCUAAUCAAGGUUAGACUGCAGAAUCAGACUGAAUCAUUUAAAAGCAACAUGAAACCAGCCUAUGUGAAUACUCUGUACAAAGGGCCAGCUCAUUGUGCCGCAAGAAUCUUUAAUGAAGAAGGCAUUAGCGGUCUCUAUAGAGGAUCAGUUGCUUUGGCUUUAAGGGAUGUGCCAAGUGUUGGCCUGUAUUUCCUCACCUAUGAAGUUCUUUGUAAGUGGAUGACCAAUGAUGAGGAAGUUCCAGGUGUAUGGGGCAUGCUUGUUGCUGGUGGCUGCGCUGGGACUGUGGGAUGGGCUGCUGCAAACCCAAUGGAUGUAAUUAAAUCACGUCUACAGAUGGAUGGGAUCCAAGGUGUUAAAUAUCGAGGACUAUUGGACUGUUUGAUAAAGAGUUUUCAACAAGAAGGAGCAAGAGUCCUAUUGAAAGGGUUGACAAUUAACAGCAUCAGAGCAUUCCCUGUGAAUGCAGUGACUUUUGUAAGCUAUGAAAUGUUGCUACAGGCCUUCAAAUGAACAUCCAGCUUUCACUGCACAGUUAAGAAGACAUAGCAAUCUUAAGGUAUAUCCAGUGGCGUAACUAUAGAGGUCGCAACUGGGAAGGAGACUGCCUCUCUAGGGGCCCAGUUGACCCCACUUGUUCCUGUCUCUUUGUGCUGGAUCAAAAUUGCUCAGAAAGGGCCCUUCUGAUCUGGAACAAUUUUGAAACGUGAAUGUUCCAAUUUUGGAACAUAAAUGUCUGUAUAAGUGUAUGUGAGAAUUAAUGUCUUAUGUGUUAAA